AUGGCAAACGAAGAGCUUAUUGCUUUGAUUUUUACAUCAGAAGGAGGCAUAGCGCUGAACAAUAUUGAGUUUGAAUUCAGAGAUACUUAUUGCACAGGGCUGGAUCUUGAGGGAUAUAGAGAUGUUCAAACACUCCUGGAGAAAAAAUACAAAGGCUCAAACGAUGUGAUCCCGUACUCGAACCAGAUAUCCGAAGAUUCUUCGAAGGCAAAAUGGGAGCAAUCAGGCCCGCCCUGGACGAUCUUAAUAACGUCGCUUGGAUUUUGCUCCCAGGAAACACUACAAAAUGCUUUUUUGCGGCACUAUUCUUCAUGGAGUGGAAUUCACAAGCCGAGGUUUCAAAAAGAAAAUAAAAAAUGCACUUUCUUUGCGCGAUUCGACAACAUGAAGGAAGCAGAUGAUUUGAAGGUCUUCCUCCAUCGAUACAAAGACAUGUCACUGAAGGUGCAGUUUGUAACAUCUUAUGCUCUUCCGAAUCAGAAAGAAAUGAGAGCUCGUGAAUCUGGAAACACUAGUUAUUAUAAAGAUGAAGCAAGAAAUAGGAAGAAAAGUCAUCGACCACAUCAAGUUUACUACAACAAUUACGGCCCUAUAAUUUCCGGUCAAAGAAGACAUGACUCCCCGAAAAUCUCUCUACAGACUUACCUAGCUGAAGAAGAGCCAUCUACUGGCGCAUCCGAUAGUACAAUAAAAGCAACUGAAGUAAUUGAAGAAAAAAUCCCUCUUGAUAUGAUUGAAGGAGGAGUAGACCUGACCCUAAGGCCAGAAGUUGUCUGCCUUCCACUUUCUGAACUUGGAAUCCGAAUCGUCCGACCACGUGAGCUUCGAGGCCUACUUGAGCAUGACCUUAUCCCUUGGCACAAAUUUCCGAGUGAACUGAUGCUUGAGAUGCCUCCAGAAGAUUUCUUGGUGGAGGUAACAGCAAAGCCAUUUGUUGACUUCGAGGAAAAUAAAGUUGUAUUGGAAGAUGUUCCGUUGAGAAUACACUGUAAACUCGUUAACUCUCUUUUUGUGGUAAGUCAAAUCGGCAAAAAAGACGGAGUUCUGGUCAAGCACAAGAAAAGUGGCGAUAUCGGCUGGGCUCGGGGAGAAAUUCAUGAAAACGUCAAACUCGUCGUUGUUUUCAAUUUGAAUAAAGGGCAAGAAUUUCGAUGGAAGAUAAAAGAAGUGGAAGUUACUCCUUGUUUCGCCGGCAUUCCCUGUCAAACAAUAAUCGUCGAAGUUCAAAAAGGAUACAACCUGAGAACAGCGCCGAAAAUUGGCGACGAAGUUUUGAUCCGCCACAUCAAGGGAAACGAAAAAAGAAAACAAAAACGAUUCAUCUUUGCGACUGCUCCCUAA